CUUGCCAUAUGGGAUUAUAUGCUCGUGGACAAAUUUAUAAAUUUAUAAUUUGAGUUCGAUGCUCAGUAUUAUGGAAUGUAAACAGAAUUCCGCCCCACUAAACAUGGAAAUAAUUUCCAAAGCCGUAAGAAUAUUUUCAUUCAUGAACGAACUUUGAAACGCUUAGAGAUUCUUAACAAACGGCGCUUAAUCGCUUUAUAUAUCAUAUAUACGCGGUCGUCUCGUCCAUUUUUUACUGUCAGGGAUUACUUUUAUUCCAGACGUGGCCUUGUCAUAUCGUAUCAGCGUUUAAUUCACGAUACGAUGUCCUUCGAUGGCUUGUUUCAAUGACCUAAGGACACUCUUUGUGAAGCAGAAAGGCUUUUUUCUUAUCCUGACACUCAUCGGAGCAUUAACUACUGCGAUUUUGUGGCAAACACGAGCUUUCUUUGAAGAACAGCUUCCCAUAUCGUCGCAACAGAUUCAUGAAGAAUCCAACGAAUGGAUAAGCAAGAAUAUUUCUGAUUCUGAGAUGAAAUGUGCGCCCAAAAUCGAAAAUUCAUUUUCCAAGAUAUCACAAUCAAAUAUGAGCUGUCGAUUACCAGUUCUCGAUCCAUUUGAUCCAUCUAUGAUGAAGUAUAUCUCGAAAACGACUUACCCAGAAUGCCCCGGAAAAGAACAUGGGCAGUUGGUCAAUGGGAUAUUUAAAUUUACAGAUGACGUUUUAAAUGCAACGUAUCGCUCAAUCACGAGAAACGGUGAUUUUGCGGUAAAGUUGAGUAAAGUCAAACCGCUACGCCACGACCAACCAAUCACAGACGAAUUCCUGGAGGUCGAUUUCAAACUGAAAGAUGGCACCACGUCCAAAGAAUUUUUUCCCCAAGUUGUUCCGCGCGAAAGUUUGCUGAACCGACGCCCGCAAAAACCGCCCGGGAUUCCGUUGAACAUUCUCAUAAUCGGCGUCGAUUCUCUUUCUCACGCGGGAGCGAAACGCAAGCUCCCGAAAAUUUACGAGUUUUUGCAGAAAGAGCUCGACGCGGAUGUUUUCCAGGGUCACACGGUGACGGGUGAUGGAACGACACGACAAUUAACUCCCAUGUUGACUGGAAAGAAGUUUACAGAGCAAUACGAGGGAAGAGCAGGUUUCAAAGGGGCUCGCACUCUUGAUGACUGGACCUGGAUCUAUAGACAGUUGACAGAGCAUGGCUACAUAACAGGCCACUCUGAGGACAGUAUCGAGUCCGGACCAUUCCACUAUCGUCUCAAGGGAUACACAAAUCAACCGACUGAUUUAUACUCAAGACCUUUCUUUGAACGGGCGAAGAGAUUCAACAAAGGACGGCCAAACUUAUGUCUUAACAGCAAAAAUAUUGCGCGGUACCAAUUUGAUUAUAUCAAAAGUGUGUUCGAAAGACUGCCGGACCAACUGAAAUUCUUUUUUUCCUUUAAUGCCGGUCACGGACAUCACGGAGUGAACCUAGUCCAAAAAAUCGAGCGAGAUUUUCUCAACCUGUUGCGAGAAGUAAAGUCUAAAGGCUACCUUAACAAUACUUUACUGAUUGUGAUGGGCGAUCAUGGAUUACGCUAUGGGCAGUUGAGACAAACGGUUCAAGGAAAGCUAGAGGAACGCCUCCCUCUGUUCUCGAUGACCUUCCCCCCCUGGUUCAAGUCUCGCUACCCAAAACUUGCCGCAACUUUAAAGACGAAUACGAAACGUUUGACAUCAUGGUUUGAUGUGUACGCGACGUUUCGUCACAUGUUGUCGUACCCAGACCUCCCAUCGGAUUUGAAGCACGGUCAAAGUCUUUUCACCGAAGUGCCGAAAUCUCGCACAUGCGCAGAGGCAAGCAUCCCCGAACACUGGUGUCCGUGUUUGGAGUGGUCAGGGGUAAACGCGCAGCACAGCCACAUCAAGAACUCGGCGUUAGCUACUCUAGAAUUUAUUAAUAGUCUCAACGAGGAGAAAAAUAAGAGCAGAACGUUGUGCGAAAAAUUGAGAUUGAAAAAAGUCAGCUAUGCAAUGCUUGAGAUGCCCAACAAUCGUGUUCUACGAUUUCGUGAAGUGGGCAUGGAUUGGAAGACCAGGUUCAAUGAUGACUACGGUGGUCCACUUGCGUACACCUGUAAUUAUCAAGUGCAAUUCGUAGCAGCGCCUAGCAACGGUAUUUACGAGGCGACGGUUAGAUUUGUACGAGGCAAAUUUAUAGUAAACGUCGGAAUUAGUCGUAUUAAUGUCUACGGCAGCCAACCGAACUGCAUAGCAGACGAGUUUCCGCAUCUUAGGAAGUUUUGCUUUUGUGCGAAUGGUACAAAAAGCUGACACAGGGCGUAUUGAUGAACGUUCGACGAAGACAAACCAUGUCCGUUUGCCA